GGGGCGGCCCGGCGCGCCAUGUCGCUCAGCCCCAAGCACACGACGCCCUUCUCCGUCUCCGACAUCCUGAGCCCCAUGGAGGAGACCUACAAGAAGUUCGGCGCCAUGGAGGGCAGCCUGGGCGCCCCUCUGGGCGUGGGCGCCGCCGCCUACCGGCAGCCCCCGACCGCGGCCCUCCCGCCGCAGCAGCAGCACCCCAUGGCCGGCGGCCACAACUCCGCCGCCUACCACUCCAUGGCGCACGCCGGGGUCUCGCAGUUCGCCCACGGCUCGGUGGCGGGCUACUGCAACGGCGGGCUGGGCAACGUGGGCGACCUCGCGCCCUACCCCGACAGCGUGCGCAGCAGCGCGGCUGCCUCCGGGUGGUACGGAACCAACGCGGAUCCCCGCUACCCCACGAUUUCCAGGCUGAUGGGCCCGUCGGGGGGCAUGAACAUGGCCGGCAUGGGGGCCCUGUCCGGGAUCGCGGAGGCCGCCAAGUCCAUGGCCCCCGGGCUGCACGCCCCGCCGCGGAGGAAGCGGAGGGUGCUGUUCUCGCAGGCGCAGGUCUACGAGCUGGAGCGGCGCUUCAAGCAGCAGAAGUACCUCUCGGCGCCCGAGCGGGAGCACCUGGCCAGCCUGAUCCACCUCACGCCCACCCAGGUGAAGAUCUGGUUCCAGAACCACCGCUACAAGAUGAAGCGCCAAGCCAAGGACAAGGCGGCGGCGGCGCAGCAGCUCCCGCCGCCGCCCCCGCCCCCGCCGCCGCCCGAGGGCUCCAGCCUGUGCCAGCAGCAGCAGCAGCCGGCGCCCCAAGCCGCUUCUCCGCGGCGCGUGGCCGUGCCCGUCCUGGUCAAGGACGGCAAGCCCUGCCCGCACAGCGCAGCCGGCGUGGGCCAGCCCGCCGGACAAGCCCUGGGGGGCGGCGGGGCGGGCGGCAGCGCCGGGCAGCACCCGCACCCGCAGCAGCAGCAGCAGGUGGGCCCCGCGCCGGAGCUGGAAGAGCUGUCCCCCAGCCCCCCGUCGCUCCACAGCCAGGUGGGCUCCCUGGCGCAGAUGGACGCGGUCGCCGUCGACUACAACGGCGGCAUGGUCAACGCCAGCUUGCUCUAUGGCCGGACAUGGUGA